ACACCGCUUUUGUCGUUUUGAUGCGAAAUUAUUAACCACUCAGGCCUACGGCCCUCGUGGUCAAUUCUUACGAAUCAAAACUCCAAACAGGUUUAAAAUAGUCGAUAAAAACCGUUAAGACCGAUAUUAUUUCUUAAUUCGAACACUCCUAGUGACUUUGCUACUAUGGACAAAGAAGAAAAAAACGAGUGUUAAACUGCCAAUAAAUACUAGUUAGGGACUACUUGUAUAUGCGGCUGUUAUGUUUUCUCCCUCGAUUAUAUAGUUUACAAAGCUCUUUAAGUAACAAUAGCAAGAAUGCAUUUGUGAAAAAAAUGCUAUGCCCCCGCAUUAAUUUAACAGAAGUAGAUUUCUUGUUACUUUACAAUUGAACUUUGCCAUAAUGUAGUAGUUCUUCCUCUGAUUUGUUUGUCUUCACAAAUUAGAAAAACCGAGCGUUGUCCACACUAGACAGUUAUUCUUAUGCUUGUAUGACAUUGUUUUUAUUGUAGGACGCAGAUUUAUUGCUUGAUCCAAAUGACGCUUACAUUUUCAAUGAGGCUUUAAAGAAAGGGUUCGGGAAAGACAGAUUCGUGAGAAUAAAUGUUGUUGGUAACUAUGAACAAGGCAAAACUAGUCUGACGAGAAGGCUUUUGAAUCAAUCUUUGGAAGGCGUUGAAAGCACAGAUGGCAUUGAUGUUCAUGUGCGGAAAUGUAAAAUUAAAGAUAAAAAAUGGGUAAGCUCGCAAACAGAAUUUGAUGAAAACGACUUCCUAGAAAAUUUAGCUGAAGGGACUAUUCGCACAACAGAAAUCACAGAAAAUGAAACUGAUAAAUCUGAUCAUGCAGAAAGUAAAUUAAAGCAAAACAGCAUGCCCUUUGAUGAAAGAAACACAGAAGAAACAGUCACGGAUGUGAUUUCAAAUAAAAAGUCCAUUGCAGAUGACCCUCAUAGUGCCGAGUCUGAAACCUUUAAAUCAAUCUCCAGUUUUAUUGGAACUGGUGAAAAUACAAGUAAUGAAGCAAACUUUCAAGCAAGUUUUAUAAGAAAAUAUUCAAGUCAAUUAAUAGAAAAAAUGACUAUGCCUUUGGAUGAAACAUUAACCGCAAACAUUUGGGACUUCGGUGGACAGUUCAUUUAUUACGCCACACACCAGAUAUUUCAUUCAAAGGACGCUAUCUAUCUUUUGGUAUUCAGUUUGGCGACAGACCUAAAUGAAGCUGUCAUGGAUAAGGAAUUUCCCGACAGGAAGUCAACAAUGGGCGACUGUCUAAAGUUCUGGCUUGAUUCCAUUCAUGCAUAUGCUGGGUCAGAAGAAGGUGGGACUUCGGAACAUGUGUCAAAACCAUUUGUUAUAUUAGUAGGAACAUUUAAAGACCUUUUUAAGGGCAAUUCAGAAAAUAAGUUUGAUGAAGUUUUGGAUUUAUUUGUGAAUGAUUCAGCUAGGCGUCACCUGUUGCGGGAACAAUAUGCCGUUUCUAACACAAAUAUUUCAGAUGAUGAAUUCCAAAAAUUGAAGGCUAAAAUUUUUGAGCUAGGGAAGAAACAUGCUGAAGAAAACCCAGUUCCAUUGAAAUGGAUUCCGCUCAAGAUAGCUUUAUUAUCAGAAAAAGGUAAAAACAUCAUAACAAUUGAGGAAGUCAAGAGGCUGAAUACAGAAAAUGAGAAUCUAGUUGAGAAAGAAGAAUUAAAAACAUUUUUGAAAUAUCUGCAUCUUAAGGGUAUUCUUAUCUUCUUUGACGAAGAAUACCUUGAAGGCCACAUUGUUGUUAACCCGCAAUAUUUAGUUGACGCAUUCAGAUGCGUUAUUGGGUCAAAGGCAUGUAUAAAAGAUGCAAAGUUGCAUCCUCAAUGGAAACGUUUGAAUGAAACUGCAAUCUUAGAAAAUGAUUUUCUAGAGGCUAUGUGGGAGAAAGAUGUAGGAAAAGACUUUCUAAAAAACAAAGAGGUCUUGUUGAUGUUCCUACAAAGACAUAGGAUAUUGUCUAAACUUUUUAUUAUGGAUGAAGCAGGAAACAAAAUCUAUCAAGAAAAGUACAUGAUUCCGAGCCUUUUGAAACACCGUUGUGAGCAACAUCAAUUAAAGAUGUUCACAGAUGGUAAGAAUGCAACACUUGUAUCACUAGGUUUUCAAAUAGAGAAUACUGCUUUGCUGACAAGUCUGUUCGAAAGAGUAACUGCAGGUGUUUUAGGAAAAUGGUCCCCAGUUGUGAAAGAUAAACGAGUAUUUGUAUUUCAAAACAUUGGCCAUUUUAGAUUAGACCUUGAACAUGUUGGGAAAGUGGAGUUGAAGCCGGGAAAAGGUAUUCAGCUUACCGUUAUAAACCAGUGUCCAGGAAUCAAAGUGGAAAGCAAAGUUUGUGAUUAUUUCAGGAGAUACAUUGAAAGCCUUAUCAAACAUGAUUUUCAAAAACAUAGGAAUCGUUUGUACAAUAGCAACCCUUACAAACAUUACUUGGCAUGCAGUGAUCGGUCACAUGGCGGAGAUAGUAGCAGGGAUACAUACGGUAUAGACGAGGUGGGGGACAAAGAAAGAGCGCACUGUCCAGAUUACGGAGAACAUUUCAUUGAAUGUAGAUCUGCGAUUGAUGAAUGGUUCUCGCCAGGCAAACUAACGGAACUGUACCGUACUGCAGAUCGACGAGUAACCGAACCUGAACUCAGUAGGUUAGCAGGGUGUAUUGGGAAUAACUGGGAACUUCUUGGUACAGCUCUUGGUGUUCGUCGCGUUGACAUAGACCAUCUUAAGGAAAGUUAUAAAGACCAGACUCCAACCUGCAUUUUCAGGAUGCUCUGCAUCUGGGAACAAUCAAAACAGGAAGAUGCCACAUUGAUGCAGUUGGUUACCUGCAUAGAAGACAAUCCAGUUGUGAAUGUCGACAAGGACAUGAUUAAAAACAUAAUAGAGGGGAAUUAGAUUCCACCCCUAGAAGAAAUUUUGAAAAGAUAAAAAGUUAAUGAUUAGUAAACAAUUACAGAAUGUACUUACUUUUGCGAGUUGACAUUUCUUAAUAGGUUUGAAAAGACAUUCUGAAUAUAUAUGCUUACAUGACACAUGAUGUAGGUCAAGUAUAUUUCUGAAUGAAAGUUCCCAUUUAUUCAACUCCUCACAACAUUGAUUCCUGAUAAUGAAACCGUGUUAUAAACUAAGCUCGUGUGAUUUUAUGUUGGAUUUGUUUACCAAAGCAACACUCAAAGUGAUGAAAGCGUUGUUGAAACAGCGAUGUAAUUUCGAUUUAAAAAACACGUAUCGGCACUAGGGGAUAAAUAUCAGAAUCGAUGGAUGUAAAAAGCUUUGCUUUCGUGAUAAGUAUACAAAAGUUUCAGGUCAAUUUCAUUUCAUAUAUAAUUAAGAAAUUAUGAACAGACAUAGCCUUCGAUUUAAAAACAAUUUGUUGUCAUACUUCUUUAAUGUGUAAUUUCCAUGACAAACAAAUAGAGUAUACUAUGAAGAUUGGAGUAGAGCAGGAUUCAGGAUUAUAACAAAGUAAGCAAUAUUGAGAUGAAAGUACAUGUAUGUCAGAAGCUUUUGCUUCAUUCCAUUCAAGCAUAUCCUGGGUCAGAGUAAGAAGGUUAAUUUUUUACGAAUAUAACGAAGCUCAAUGUUAUUCAAGUAGAUAUAUUUAAAGAUAAGAUGAAAGGCAAUUGAAAAUAGUAAUUGUAUGAUGCUUUUGCUAUUUCUGUUGAUGAUUUGUCAGCUAGGAGACAAAUGUUGCCUGUAAAAUAUUUGUUUCUAUCACAGAAAUGUCAGAUAAUAUAAUACGAAAAUGGAAGGGAAAAAAAUAUGUAGUCUGAAUCGACCAUGCAGAAAGGAGCCAAGUCCGGUGAAAUGGAUACCGCUCGAGAUAGGUAUAAUAGCAUGAAAACAAAUCAAAACAUCGUAACAUUUGAGGAAGUCAAAAGUCUGAAGAAAACGGGAACCGAGAUGAAGAAGCAGAAGUGAUUUUUUAAAUAUAUCCACAUGCAUUGGUUUGAAUUAUUGAGGAUUUAAGUUUCAAAAUAUGUACCUUAAAAUCUUUAUAAAAAGAAUAAUUUUCAAGUGAAUGUUUCGAUGUGGAUUUUUACUUUAAGCAGGGUAGCAUUUUUUACAUAUUCCUUGUAAAAAAUCUCUUUUGUAAUGUACGAAUGCAUGUUUUACGAUGCCCCUCAAGAUUAUAUCCCUAAUCUGUUGUGUAAAUACUGUUGACAGUU